UCGUACAUCGGGCCGUGCGUGUUCCUGUCUCUGCGGGUCGCCUGUUUUUUUCGAUUGGUAUCGUCUCGAGUCAUGUUAACACGGUGUUCGUUAUUCAAUUGUUGUGCACCCAUUCCGUGAGAUUGGCAUCGGUGAGAAGUUGAGUGAAGUUGUGGCGGAAAGGUGGACGUUUUCGAGGGCCGAAUCACAUGACAAUGACCUCCCAUGUAGUGAAAAUGUGUUGUGAAAAGUAGCCGAAAAACUAUAUAAAUCAUGGAAAGCUACCACCCCCGUCCGCCUCCGUUACCGCGGAGGGUUAGAAAUAUUUAUGCAGAACCUUUUUCGCAUGAACCAAGGUUAUCUUCUGGUCUGCAACAAACACAACUUUCCCAAACGAUACCCUCAGCCCCACCAACGGGAACGCUUCAAUCUGUUGGACCCGGCCAAACUGCCAAUCUGGUGAUGCCAGUGUUUCCUUUGGUUCGACCAGUACCGCAAGCGUCAUCCUCACACUACUCUCCUUACUCGCCGUCCAGAUUCAACAUCGAUAAAAGAUGUCAGCACCGCUGCUCGUGGAAGUGUCUCAGUAUCGGACUCAUUCUGCUGGCUGUCGGACUCUCGGCCAUGUUGGCAUAUUUCGCAG